CUGAUGAUAAUAAUAGUUAGAAAGUUAAUAAAAAGCAUAAAGUAAAAUAAAAAGUCAAACACUCGAUGACUUUGUUUUUGCUGACUGGUAACAAGAAGAUCUUCCUGAGCAUAAUUUUAAAUAUACUAAAAAUAUAAUCUAAUAUGUGAAAAAAAUACAUUUUACUGUUUGGAGUUUACAUACAUUUAGACCAACAUAUCUUCAGUUUCUGUCAAUGAUAUUUUACAAAAUAUAAUGAAUGUACAUUUUGAUAAUACAUUAGUAGUGUUACAGACAUGUUUCAUUAAUAACUGUAGUAUAUUCUUGGACCAUGAAAUAACAAUAUUUAACAAUAUUGAUUUGAUAUGUUCUGUAACAUAUUGCAAGUAAAUGAUUAAAUGAAUAAAUGUUGAUACAUAUAAAGAUGAAACUAAUAUGAAAUCUAAGCCUGUGUCAACUCUUCCUCUCGGUGUGUUAUUAACAGAUAAUAAUAGAUAUUUAAACUGAAAACUGUUUUAUUUACACAAAUAACAAAAACAGCCCGAAACUGUUAACAUAUUAAUCAACGUGUGUAAAAUAUAUUUGUGUUGAGUGCAGCAGGGUUCAGAUCUGAUCACCUGACCUGACAGAGUGACGAGUGCCUGAACGUGCAGUGCUCAACAUCGUCCUAACAGGUAUGUCAGAGUUUCCGAGCUGACCGUGAAGGCAGCACGAGGAUCAACCUGGAGAGUAAAACUCGCUCCAGCCGAACAGAAACACGAACGCCACAAGUUUGAGUCCACGAUGGCGCUUUCAUGGCUUCACUUCGCAGCACGGAGGCGCUUUUAUUGAUCAUGUCGAUGUCAGUUCGCAACUUUUAGCCGUGAGAUUAAGUCGACGUGCUGUCGGCGCCUCGGCUCGAACAAGAGUUCUGCUUUCGGUCGGAUGGGAGUGAGUGAGACAGGUCAGUUCUAGAGACAGACAGGUCGGUGUAACGGCUGCCCGGAGGACGGUUCCGGUCCCUGCAGCUCCAUGUCCACGUUAAAGUUCGCCGAGGAGCUGGACUUCAGACUGAUCUUUGAGGAGGACUCCCGCCUCGCAGCAGGUCCAGAUCUCGAUGUGAGAACACCGCCCACCUCCACGCAGGCUCUGGCCGAGCAGCCCGUCCUCCAGGAGCUGCACAGUCACGCUGCAUGUUUCCCCCCCACAGACGACUACCAGCAUGUUGGAUACCAAUCCCAGGGACUCCAGUAUGGGGCCCAGGGGAACCCCAGAGCCUUUGACUGCCCAAGCAUCCAGAUCACCUCCAUCGCUCCAAACAACCAUGCGGAGCUGGGCAUUAGCCAGGAAGCUCUGGCAGUAGGUGGGGCAGAGGGGGGUUACCAUGAGGCGUCCGGGUCCAGAGGCCAGCUCUACCUGCCCCUAGACUCCUGCUACCGGGACAUGGUGCUGUGCCCGAGCCCCUGUAGCAGCCUGUCCUCCAGGAGCUGGAUGUCCGACCUCUCCUCCUGCGAGUCCUUCUCCCAUGUGUACGAUGACGUGGAGGGGGAGCUGCGGGAUGCUGCCCGCCUCGCCCUUGGGUCGCCCCUCGGGUCGCCUCUGGGGUCCCCAGGCUGCGGGGGCGGAGCCUUCGGGGUGGAGCUGUGGCAGCAGAAGUACCAGCAUCCUCUGGCCUUCAGCCCAGCGCUGUCGCCUCAUCAGUCUCCUCGUCAGUCGCCACGUCAGUCACCUCGUCAGUCCCCCUGCCACUCCCCUCGCACCAGCGUCACCGAGGAGAGCUGGCUGAACCGCCGGCCCACCUCCAGGCCAUCAUCCAGACCGACCUCCCCCUGCGGGAAGCGGCGCCACUCCGGUGCUGACCCCUACGCCCGCUCGCCCUCCCCUCACCACUCCCCCAGUCCCACACCAGGCGCCUCUCCACGGGGCAGCGUGACGGACGACACCUGGGUGGGAAGCCCCGCCGGCGCCCUGGGAUCCCUCCUGCUGUCCGGCUACCAGGAGUUGGACGUCCCCUCCAAAACCAGGAGGACGUCGGGAACCCAGCUCGGCCUCUUGGCCGGUCAAGGAGACCCUGGACUGGAGGCUUUCCAGGAUUCCCCUGGGGAGGAGGGGCGUGAACAGGACGGCCUGGCUGAGCUCUUUCUUCAGGUGCCCUCCCACUUCAGCUGGAACAAACCCAAACCUGGAAACACUCCUCUGUUCAGGACUUCGUCUCCACCGUCUCUAGACUGGCCUCUGCCCAGCCAGUUUGACCAGUGUGAGCUGAAGCUGGAGGUCCAGCCCAGAUCUUACCACAGGGCGCAUUACGAGACGGAGGGCAGCCGAGGAUCCAUUAAGGCAGCUCCUGCAGGACACCCUGUCGUCAAGCUGACUGGAUACAGCGAGCAGCCGGUCAGCCUGCUGUUGUUCAUCGGCACUGCAGACGAGCGCUACCUUCGCCCUCAUUCCUUCUACCAGGUCCACCGGGUGACGGGGAAGAUGGUCACCACCACCUGCCAGGAGAAAGUGAUGGGCGGUACGAAGGUGCUGGAGAUCCCUUUGCUUCCAGAAAACCACAUGUCUGCCAGCAUCGACUGUGCCGGUAUCUUGAAGCUGCGUAACGCUGACAUCGAGCUGAAGAAGGGAGAGACGGAUAUCGGGCGAAAGAACACGAGGGUGCGAGUUGUGUUCAGGGCCGCCGUCCCUCAGCCGGAUGGCAGGAUGCUGUGGCUGCAGACCACGUCUGUUCCUGUGGAGUGCUCCCAGCGCUCGGGUCAGGAGCUUCCUCUGGUGGAGAGCUUCAGUCCAGCCAGCUGCUCUGCGGACGGAGGAGAAGAGCUGCUGAUCGUCGGCUCCAACAUCUCCGCUCAGUCCAGAGUUUUCUUCAUGGAGAAGGGGCCUGAUGGACGAUCGCUGUGGGAAAUGGACGCCAGACUCGUGCCAGAAAAAAGCAGUGGAUCCAGCAUCGUGGUGGAGGUCCCUCCUUACAAUAAGAAGACAACGGAUCCGGUCCAAGUCCAGUUCUACGUCUCAAACGGGAAGAGAAGAAAAAGUCUUUCACAGAGCUUCACCUACCUGCCCGGAGUCAGACGUCACCACGUCAAACAGGAGCGCUGGGAGACGGACCGCAUCUCCCACAAUCCACCUGGCUUCUGUCCGAGCUCCUCCCAGCUGCCCUCCCACGACCGAGCGGUCGGCCCAGACGUGCUUUACUACGAUUCCUGUGACAUCCCAGUGCAUUGUGGUCCUCCUCCUCAGAACACGCCUCGUCUUCAUCACCCCCCUGCCUCCUCUGUCCCCCUUCAGAUGUUUCCUCACACUUCCUCCUCCUCCAUGGCCUGUCAGUCCUCCGCAGUCCCCCAUCAGACCUUGAUACCUGUCCACACCUCCGUAAUGCCUCCUCAGAUCUCCACGAUGCCUCCCCAGGCCUCUUCCGGUCCCCUUCAGACCUUCACCCUGCCACCUCCCACCCCCUCUGCUGGACCUCAGAGGGAACCCUCGCUGUCUCUGAGCUCCAGAGGAGCCUUUGUGAUCCCUGCUGACCCCCAGAAGGACUCUGUGCUGUCUGGGCCAGGACUGGUGCUGAGCAUCAAGCAGGAGCCAGAAGACCCCGUUCCAAACCUGGGAUCUUCGGGCCUCCAGGAGAUCACUCUGGAUGAUGUGAAUGAGAUCAUCGACAGAGACAUCUGCAGUCUGAGCAGCAGCACCCAGCCGGACCAGUUCGACCAGUACCACCAGUACGACUGGGAGCACAAGUCCAGUGACGCUGCGCUGCCGUUCUGCGGAGGCCCUCAGUAGUGACGCUGCUUCUUCUUCUACAACACAAACGGGCGCUCAUGUUUGCACAAAGUGCACCGAACUGAUCCUCAAGUGCCUGAAAACCAAUCAGCCGCCUGCGACGAGCCUCAUCAGGGUUCCACACGACCGUCUGCUCAUCCGUCUCAGGAAACUGUUCACCGACAAACCAAAGAUCUUUUUUUUUUAGCUUUUCAUGAUCGAAUUGGAAGAAAACAAGAGAAGGGCUGAAAUUCACCUGUGAUGCUUUAAUGACGCACAGUCACAACAAUCAGUGAUGUCAUCUGAUUUUAAGUCGUAAAAACAAAACUUUCAUUAUUUAUUGGCUGUUUAAUUACAAAAUCUAUUUUUGAUACUCUGGAUCUGAUCCAGAAGAAAACUCAAAUCCUUCCGCUGAUCAUUUACAGUUUUUAUAGCUUGGUUGUUCUCUCUGUACGGUUUACAUUUCCUCCUCUUAACAUUGACGCUGUUCAACCAGAACUGUUUUGGUGUGAAGCUUCAGACACAGUGAGUCGUAAAAAUGUAUCUUAAGGUUGAAGUAAAAAGAAAAUACCUGAUGUUCUGUUUUUUGAUAAAUCGUUUGCUGAAUGAUGAGUGAGAACUGUAAAAUAGUUUAUUGUGUGUAAACCGUCUCCAUAAAGAAUUUCAGAAGCAGCA